AUGGAGGGUGCAGGUGCAUCUAAGGGCAAGGAAGAAGGGUCCGAGACGACUCGGUACCGGGGCGUACGGAGGCGGCCGUGGGGGAAGUUUGCGGCCGAGAUACGCGACUCGAAUCGGCACGGCGCUCGUGUUUGGCUAGGGACUUUUAACACCGCGGAGGAAGCCGCCCGAGCUUACGAUAGAGCCGCUUAUGCAAUGAGGGGUCACCUGGCGAUCCUCAACUUCCCGCAGGAGUAUCCGAUGGGCAGCGGCGCCGGCACGGCUGCUGAUGCAUCUUCUUCUUCGUCGUCUUCAGGGAAACAAGUCCUCGAGCUGGAGUACUUGGAUGAUAAGGUGCUUGAAGAGCUCCUUGAUCAAAAUGAUGAUAAAAAGGAGGAAAAGAAGUGA